AUGGAGUACUUUGCUUUGACACUUUUUGAAAGCUUGAACUUUGAUCAGUUCAAAGAUUUACAUGGAAAAUCCCUCUUGGACUGUACCAACGAAUCCGAGGCCAUCGAAUAUAUUGGCAAGAAGGGAACGGCCACUGACUUGAUGGUUCAAAUCUUGGUCGAUGAUGAAUGUACCACUACUCUUCGCAGACGUAAACCAAAAAUUCAAUUCGCCAAACUCAAAGGCUCACCUACUCAAAUACCAUCAUCCGGAGAGUUGAAAUUACAUGCUCUCUAUUUGGGAAAGAACAAGGAAAUGACAGAUUAUCAUUGGGUAACUUAUCGUCCACAUUACGAAUAUGUUACUUCGGAAUCCAAUAACAAGAAACAACAGGAGUUAAUUAUUGAUAUUGUGAAACCAGUCCCUGGUCAUCCCAAAGGCUUCUCCAAGGGUAACAUGUGGCUGAUCAUUGAUUUCCAAAAUGAGAGAGGAGUUGGUGUGAUCAAUCAACAGUUUACAUUCAAUGCAUCGAAAGCGAUCACAAACAAAACCAAACAACAGAGAACACAACAACACUCGACCAACAAGAGAAAAUCAUUGGAUGAUGGAGCUGCUUUAGAAAAUCAAGGCGAAAGCGAGAUUAAUCAAACAGAAUCCUCUCACAAGAAACAAAAACACUAUUCAAUCACAGCAAUGGCCUCAACCUCAUCAUCCAACGAACCACCUCAAGUGGAAGAACCAACGCAUGGAAUACAGAAGCGAUCACCAAUGGAGCAGCACCCUUGCAUGUGGAUGUGA